AUGGAACCAUCCAGGGACAGCCUGGACGCACGGUGGUGCGCAGUGACCGGCGGACGGGGAUUCAUGGGGAGGCACCUGGUUAUGGCGCUGCUCCGCUCCGGAGGAUGGCGCGUUCGUAUCACCGACAUCGGCGCCGACGCCGCACUGGAACCCGUCGAGAAUGAAGGACUUCUCGGCGCCGCCCUUCGCGACGGCCGUGCCGUGUACGUCUGCGCCGACGUAUGCAAACUAGGCCAACUUACAGAAGGUACUGUUAUCUUGUCAUUCCAUGAUGUCUUGUGCACUGCAGCUUUCGAAGGGGUAGACACUGUUUUCCACACUGCUGCGCCGGAUCCUGCCAACAACAACUUCCCUCUUCAUUACAAGGUCAACGUCGAGGGGACAAAGAAUGUCGUCGAGGCUUGUAACACAUGCAAGGUUAAAAAGCUAAUAUACACUAGCUCGAGUGGGGUUGUAUUCGACGGAGUUCAUGGCCUCUUCAGCGUAGAUGAAUCAACGCCAUAUCCAGAUAAGUUUGCAGAUGCCUACACAGAAACGAAGGCAGAAGCUGAAAAGCUAGUAAUGAACGCCAAUGACACAGAUGAGCUUCUCACUUGUUGUAUACGUCCUGGAGGCAUUUUUGGUCCCGGUGGUAGGCUGGUGCCAAUAUUAGUUUCUUGGAGAGGAUUUAUUGUUAUUAUGGGUGAUGGAAAGAAUUGUGAUGAUUUUGUAUAUGUUGAUAAUGUGGUGCACGGUCAUUUAUGUGCUGAGAAAACACUUUCUACCAGAGAAGGUGCAAGGAGAAGUGGAGGCAAAGCCUACUUUAUAACUAAUAUGGAGCCAAUGAAUUUGUGGGACUUUUUCUAUAUGGUUUUGGAAGACCUUGGAUACAAAAGCCGAUUUAAAUUAAGAAUACCUUUGUAUCUCCUCAUGCCUAUAAUAUUUCUGGUUGAGUGGAGCUACAAGAAAAUAUUAUCUCGCUUUGGAAUGCAUAACCCUAGCGCAGUAACAUCCACAACCAUUAAGUAUGCCACGGUGAAUAGAACAUUCACCUGCAACAACGCUGCUGAACAACUUGGUUACAAACCAAUAGUGUCACUCAAGGAGGGAGUAAAGAUGACUACUGAAUUCUACAAGCAGUUCAUGGCGUGAGAUACACACAUUUA